AUGGAGUACGUGGCAGCAUCACAAUCCACCAUAGAAGUCUACUUUCCACCAUGCCAGCCAAUCCUAAAGAAUAAAAGACAUCACCAACUUGAUGGACGUAGAUGCAACAUAAGUCAAAUCAAAUGCAGCACAAUUCCAUACACUGCGAGGCACCAAAGUUUCCCUCCCAAGUCCAACCUACAUAACGUCAUAACCCCCAACUCCGACUGUUACAACUCGGAGAAACAGUCUGUCGGACUCAGCUCGGUUUCCUCCCAACUCAAGUCUGCUGCCGCAGCCAUUGUCAUGGCUUCCUUACAUUCCAUAUCUCCCCAGAGCGUUCUCCCCCCUUCCAAACCGAAGCCCAACUUCAGAACCAUUUCCAAGUUUUCCCAGACCCCACUUGUCUCUAGAAACAAAAAACAGAGAACGAAGUUGUGGGGGGUACGCUCCGUGGGGGAAGAGCAGGAUGUGAUCCCAGUACAGAGUACGGACGGUACGGACCAGCAAGAGGGCGUGGUGGUGAGCCGGGUGGAGAUGGAAAGUGGGUUGGAAACGGAGUUGGUGAGCGGGUUCGGAGCGAAUGAGGGUAGGCUGUCGUUCGAAGGGGCCGGUGAAUUUCAAGGCUUUCCUUCUUCUUCUUCUUCGGGCUCCGUUGGUGAUGGAGUGGGGAAGAGCGAGGAAAUAGAGAGACUGUUGGAUAGGACAAUCAACGCGACUAUAGUUCUGGCUGCGGGUUCUUUCGCCAUCACCAAGUUACUCACCAUUGACCAGGAUUACUGGCAUGGGUGGACGAUUUUUGAGAUACUAAGAUAUGCACCUCAACACAACUGGACUGCUUACGAGGAAGCUCUUAAGAAAAAUCCAGUUUUAGCAAAAAUGGUUAUUAGUGGAGUGGUGUAUUCUCUAGGGGAUUGGAUUGCACAGUGCUUUGAAGGGAAACCUCUCUUUGAGUUUGAUCGAUCACGAAUGUUCAGAUCUGGCCUUGUUGGCUUUAGUUUACAUGGUUCUCUUUCUCAUUAUUAUUACCAGUUCUGUGAGGAGCUUUUUCCUUCCCAAGACUGGUGGGUGCUUCCUGCCAAAGUUAUCUUCGACCAAACUGCAUGGGCAGCAGUUUGGAACAGCAUUUAUUUUACUGUCUUGGGAUUUUUGCGUCUUGAAUCCCCAGUUAGUAUUCUCAACGAAUUGAAGGCAACUUUCUGGCCAAUGCUAACUGCAGGAUGGAAACUUUGGCCCUUUGCUCAUCUAGUUACCUAUGGCGUGAUCCCAGUGGAACAAAGACUUCUUUGGGUGGACUGUGUAGAGCUUAUCUGGGUGACAAUACUAUCUACUUAUUCAAAUGAGAAGUCAGAAGCAAGAAUCUUAGAGGCACCAGAAGAAGCCAACACCAGUUCUCCGUCCAUAGAUCCUCCUCAGGAGUAAACAACAUUGUAACAAUCAGAAGUCGGAUGGUUAGAGGAAUUGCUGAUUCAACUGUGAGAGAGAAUACCCACUUUCUCGUGGAUUGUGACUCAAAAGGGAUGAUAUACAAAGCAAUGCAGAUCAUGGCUGGCACGAUUAAUUAUCGGAUAUAGUGCAGACAUCUCAGAAACUUAUAUGUAUAGCAUACAACCCUGGCUUCCAUUCGUCCUUGUCAUUGGAACAGUCAUCUGUACUACUGUAAAGUUUUCUUGAGAAGCUGCUGGUUGAAGGCGUAUAAACUUCUCCCAUCAUAAUUGUGACCUAUGAUUUAAUUAUGUGUGUUUCCUUUGCCGCCGUAA